UUGAAAUGCUCUACGUGCGGGAAAAACUACAAGAGACGAGCCUGGUACAUUAAACAUCUAAAAACACAUAAUGGGGUUGAAGCACGACAAUCGUCGGUAAGAUCUACAACAUUCACUUCGGAUAGAGUUGACCCUCAUGUAUCCCAUGGUGAACCAUUAACUGGAAACCACCAGGAGUCCAUUAACAUCAGGACACGUCUUAGCAUUCCUAAUCUAAAACAAUCGACUUGGAAAGUUCAUGACGACAACUUAGCGGUCCUGUUAGAGCAUCCGGGCUCGAAGCAGGAAUUGAACUCGCAGGUAGAAACUUUCCAAAAUACCGUUUAUGACUACUUUAGCGAGCAAUAUCCACCACGUAAUCGUUAUGCUCGCAAAAAUAAAGACAACUCGUUCAAAUUAAAAAUGCGGAAGAAAAAACGGGAAUUAAUAAAAAAUCUACGUAUAGCCAAAGCUCUAGGCGACAAUAACCUUAGUCAUCAACUAGCUAGGGCGUUAAGGUCAAUCCUUAAAUUAAUCCAAGGAAUAUCGGCGCAAACUGCAGAAUAUCGCGAUAAUUUUGACCGGGCAAAACAAGAAGUAGAUUUCGAUAAAAACCCUUUUGAGUAUUCGAAAACCAUUUUUAAGAAAGAACGCGGACAGCUUCUCUUGACCAACGAUCAAAUUUACGACCAUUUUAAGAGCACAUACGAAGUGCCUAAAAGUUUAAGACGGUAUAGGGAUCCAAACGAUCAAAAACCUGAACUUCCUCGAAUCGAAUUCCACGGCAUUCCACCAACGCUAGAGGAACUAAGUAGUCAGAUCAAGAGGAAGUCGUCUAAAUCUGCACCGGGACCCGAUGGUAUCCCAUAUAUAGUCUUUAAAAAAUGUGCAUCGGUUCGUAAACACCUCCUAAAUAUAUACGGUAAAAUCUGGUCAAGGAAGCAAAUCCCGGAGUGCUUCGGGAAAGCAAUUUUUGUCCUCAUUCCCAAAAAAGAUCGAGUUACUGAUCCGAAAGAUACUAGACCGAUAGCUUUAACAAAUACUAUAUCGAAAAUCUUUUUCUCGGUUCUACAAACGAGAAUGACGCGAUUCAUGCUCAGCAACAACUAUUUUAGGCCAAAUCACCAGAAAGGGUUUUUACCCGGGAUUUCUGGAUGCUUAGAACACAACACCUUGCUGUCGGAGAGUUUAAAAGAUGCUAGAAAAAGCGAGCGGCAAAUCACUGUUUGUUGGAUAGACUUGGAGAACGCGUUCGGGUCGAUACAACACGAAUUGAUGCUAUUCGCGCUUAGAUGGUACAACUUUCCACCCCUAGUUAGAGAUAUGAUCGCGUCGUAUUACUCAAAAUUAAGGUUUUCUAUAAUAACUAAAGAAGGCCCUUCAAAAAGUUUGAGUUAUAAUGUAGGACUGUUUCAAGGUUGUUGUCUAUCUCCAAUUGCGUUUAAUAUCGUAAUUAACAUCUUAGUAGACAAAUUAAUCUGUAACGAGAAAAAAUGGGGUUAUCGGUUUAAGUUUAAUAAUAAAUACACGGAAUCCAUUUUAGCCUUCGCUGACGAUCUCGCAAUACUGACACGUAACCCCAAACACUGUCAGGUAUUAUUGGAUGAAGUGGAUAAAUUCUGUGAGUGGACGGAUGGAUUGAGGACAAAACCCAGUAAAUGUCACUGUCUGUGUCUUGGUAGGCGGAAUACAAGAUACACCUCAUACGAUCCGGGACUAUCGUUAGGCGGUCAAUGCAUUUCUACGGUUACGGAAAAUGCACCAUUUAAAUUUCUCGGUCGUAAGAUAGAUAAUAUAGGCCGUACUCCAUCUUUAGAAGGAAUAGUAGAUAGCUUUUUGAACGAUCUUAACAAGUUAGAUGCAGGCGUCAUAAAGAUGUUGAAGUUGUGGCUCGGGCUCGCUCUAACGGCUGAUUCAUCGGCGUUAUUUAGGGGAAGCAAUAGUUUUGGGAUGAGUCUAAAAAGGCCAUCGGAGCUCUAUAAACACCUAAGAGUUUCCAAGAGAUAUAUCCUGGGGAAAUCCCAUGAUGACAUAGUGACAUCGCUCCCAAAAGAUGAAGAUGCCCCCGAAAUGAUAAAUAUAAGAUCCAUGCAAUGA